AUGGCCUCAGGGCAGGGGAGGGGGCAGCAUGGCCCAGACCUGGCCCCCCGCCCCCAGAAGCCCCCUGAGGGGCUCAUGACUUCUGGAGGUGGUGCGGAGGGGCUCCCUUUGACCGGGAGGAGGAGCAAGAGAGAGAAGGGGCUCCGAGGGUCCCAGAAGGGCACUGGCAGCUCUGCAAAGGAGGCCCCCGUCCCAGGCCCCGAGGCCCUGAGGAGCAGCAAGAACCCCUCUAGGACCAGAGGAGGGCAGGAGGCAGCGGCCCCUGCAGCCCCUGGGCCGGCUGCCCGUCGCCAGUCCCACCGGCAUCGUCCUGCCACCCAGCAUGACGCUGCUCAGAGGACUUACGGGCCCCUGCUCGACCGCAUCUUUGGGCAGGACCGCGAGCUGGGCCCCGAGGAGCUGGAUGAGCUUCAGGCUGCCUUUGAGGAGUUUGACAGUGACCGUGAUGGCUACAUCGGCUACCGGGAGCUGGGGGCCUGCAUGCGGACGCUGGGCUACAUGCCCACCGAGAUGGAGCUCAUCGAAGUCUCGCAGCACGUCAAGAUGCGAAUGGGUGGCCGCGUGGACUUUGAAGAAUUUGUGGAACUGAUGGGCCCAAAGCUGAGGGAGGAGACAGCGCACAUGCUGGGGGUGCGGGAGCUGCGCAUUGCCUUCCGAGAGUUUGACAGGGACAGGGAUGGACGAAUCACGGUGGCAGAGCUGCGACAGGCAGCACCAGCUCUGCUGGGGGAGCCACUGGUGGGUUCUGAGCUGGAUGAGAUGCUCCGAGAGGUGGACCUCAAUGGGGAUGGCACUGUAGACUUUGAUGAGUUUGUGAUGAUGCUUUCCACCCAGUGAAGCUCUAGGAGGGAGAACACAUUGCCUCUCUGGCCCAGACCAUCAGGGCCCCAUGGUGGAAGUGACCCAGAAGCCCCUAGGCUUCUUCUGCUCCUGACACCUGGCCAGAGAGUUGUCUUGUGAUGUUACCUACCCACCCUCCUCCUUGCCUCCCUCCCUAAGCUGCCUGAAAGAAACCUGCCCUCAACUGCCUGUCAUCCCCCAGUGUGUGCAAGAUUCAGAUCUCUCUAGCCCCUUGGGAAGUAGGGAGCUCCCUGAUGCUGGCUACAUUCAAAGACAGAGCAGUGCUGGGAGGAUUCUGGUAACAGGAUGAAUUAAGAAGGUGGCUGGAUGCCUCCUACUACUUAUGUGUAUAAAUGUUACAAAAAAACCCCACAAAAACUGAGUUUGAAGGAAAGGGAUUUGGACUCCAGGUACUAAAGACAAAGAGAGAACUCAAAGCUGGUUGGUGGAAAGGAGUGCACACCAUGGGGGUUCAGAGGUGGAGAAGAGGUUCUGGGCUCUGACAUCCAGGAGUGACAGAAGACCUGCAAAAGGUUGGGGAGCAAGACAUGACCCUGAGUACAUUCCAGGGUCUCGAAGGGCUACCCUGUUCUUGAAAAGGGGACCAAAAUAUACAUCUAUCUGCCUGAGGAAGUAGCAAGGGUACAGAUAUUCAGGGCCUUGAGUGGAAAAAGUUACCCUAGAGAACCUGAAGCUCAGUCCUGCAUAUCAGGCAGGAAUGUAAAAAGCUUCUUCAUGGUGUGAAAAGCUCAAGAAGUAGGAAAAAGCUGUUGAGAAGAGCACUCUUUAAAUCCAGGGGACAUGAGAUUAAAAUAACAACUGUGUUACUUCUGAAGGUGAACUCAUGACAAAAAAUCCCAAUUACAUGAAGAAACAAAUCACCAUUAAGGAGACUGGGCAGAUGCAGCAAACAGGAGAGCUGGCCUCCGAAGUGCAAGUAAUAGAACG